UGCUUUUUCUUCAAAGAAAUUUCUCAUAUAUUCAGUUUUAAAUAUAUUCUAUUAACCCAAAAACCCUUCCAAUACCUAUGUUCUACCUUUUGCAUAAGCAAAAUCCUCAUAAUGUGAAUAUUCUAAUCUUAUUCCUUUCUUAUACUAUUAAUACUCAUCAUCUUAACUACCUAGAAUGGCUAAAUCAAUAUCCAAAAAGCUCUAAAGAUCUUCAAAAGCAUCUUUAUUAUCAAACUCAUUCAAACUACCACAAUGCUUAGCCGUUUAAAGUAUAAAAAUCUUAACUAAUUUUACUAAUUCCUGAUUUUCCAUUCCACUUUAACUACAGAAUUCUUCAAAAACCUCCGCACUUUUUUCCUCAUUAUCCCCUCUAUCUGCCUCAUACACCAAAUCAUGAAAAAAAAUAGCAAACUAAACCAAACUAGUGUUCCAAACCUUAAUCCUAUCACACAAUUCCAACAUAAAAACCAAAUGUUUUAGAUUAUGAUAAAACCUUUUCCCCUUACUAUACAUUUCCUUCAAAAAAUCAAACCACAAACCCCCUUUGUCUUCCAAAACACCUUCUUUUUUACACAAAGAGUACCAUUUUUCUUCCAAAAAGCUAUAUUAAAGUAAUCCAAUAUCAUUUUUUUUCAUUAAGAUUUCCCUAAAACCCGUAGAACUGACCUUUCCAUUCUCUUAAUUAUUUUAAACUAACUAAAUUUCCACAAUUUCAAUUUAAGAAAGACCAUUUUUAGCUCUAACAGUAUUAUUUUCUUCUACACUUUUUCUAGUUUCCUAACUGACAAUAACCGCGUCAAAAUCUUCAUUUUUUAAAGGCCCUAGAGGAUCAUUUAAAGAAAAAAUAUUGAUUUUAAUUGAAUUAGAAGAGAAAAUUUAACAAAAAUGUAAAAUUUUAUUUUUCCUACUAAAAAAUUUUAUAUUAAUUCUUUCCCUUUUUUAUUCUUUAGCAUUUCUCUACUACAUAACCCAAGUGUAAUUUCUUGACUAUUAUCUGAUAAAAUCAAAGCUGAACUUAACAAUAUUCGAUGUCCAUUAUGUAAAUGAUCGAAUGUACCUCCUAGUAUUAUUCGGCUUUGGCUUUUUAAU